AUGUCCUGCCAGCAGAACCAGCAGCAGUGCCAGCCCCCGCCCAAGUGCCCUUCACCCAAGUGCCCUCCAAAGAGCCCAGCACAGUGUCUGCCUGCAGCCUCCUCUGGCUGUGCUCCAAGCCUCGGGGGCUGCUGUGAGCCCAGCUCUGAGUCUGGCUGCUGUCUGAGCCACCACAGGCACCACAGGUCCCACCGAUGCCGGCGUCAGAGCUCCCACUCCUGUGAACGGGGCAGUGGACUGCAGUCUGGGGGCUCUGGAUGUGGCCACAGCUCUGGAGGCUGCUGCUGA